AUGCUGUCCGAAUCCUUUGUCGCGUCGUUGCUGACCUCCAAUUCCACGCACUCGACCUCCGCCACCCUCAAAGAUGUCGGCAUCUGUGUGCAGGAGUUCAGACCAAACCCGUCCCUCCAGCUAGGUUUCAAGAAGAGCACGACAGAACCCAAUUGCUUGGCUGUGAAUAAGGGGCAUAUCUUUGCUGUGCAGGCGGGGAAAGCUGUUGUGCAUGUGUAUAGUCGUGAGAGAAACAAUCAUGAAGCUACCGUGCCGUUUCCGGAGAGGAUACGGAGUAUUGCUCUUGUGGGGGAGGGGAUACUUGUUCUAGGGACAGAAGGGGGGAAGUUGAUGCUCUGGGAGGUAUGUACUGGGAGACAAGUAAUGACGCCCGCAACCCAUCUACAACCUGUUACAUCUCUUGUCGUUGAUCCAACAAACAACUUCAUCCUGUCCGGCUCAGAGGACUCAAACAUCCAUGUCUGGUCCCUGCCGGACCUCAUAUCCUUCUCCAAACCGUCAUCCGCCGACCAGAGCCUCUCAGCAUCCUACUCUCACUCCCCAAUCAGAACGAUCUCCAACCACGCCACCGCCAUAACGAGCAUAGCGGUAGGACACAGCAUAAACCGAUCGAACAUUGCUAUAUCGACCUCUCGGGAUGGAACUGCGGUCGUCUGGGAAUACCGAACGGGGAAGAUCCUACAUACCUACCUCCUCCCUUCGCAGCCCCUAUGCCUGGCCGUCGACCCUGCGGACCGUGCAUUCUAUGUUGGUUACGAGGACGGCAGUGUCCAGCUGGUUGAUUUCUUCAAAACCCAGUCCGUACAGCAUGUCCUUCACGACGCAGACCAUCAAGCAACACCCACCCAGCUACCAGUUGGCGACAAAUGGCUCCCUCCAUCUUCCGAGUUAGGUGCGACAAUUUGCUUGUCACUAUCGUAUGACGGAACAAGCCUUUUAUCCGGCCAUAGGAGUGGUGCCGUGGCAUCCUGGGAUGUUGGCAGGGCGAGAUAUGGAGCAUCUGUGGCAAGCCUUAACUCGCCCGUCACCAACCUACAUAUGCUUGAACCCACAGGCCUACCCCAGAAACCUGGCAGGGUCACUAUCCAUCAAAUUGUCAAGCCACGUCUGGAUCACGGCCUGACCGGCGGGCAGUCCGCCGUAGACGCAGUGCCGGCCACAUACCAUGUCAACGUGCAUUUAAACGCAUCAUAUACCAAACCAGAGCCUUCUUCAUCAGUACUACAUGACUUUUCAGCUACCUUGUCUCAUCCGUCCUUCCCUUCUUCCCUCAUAUCCGAAAGCCUCCUUGAUCUCUACUCUUCCUCCGAAAAUACUUCCAAGAACAGAACAGCCCUCCCCAUCCAGAUGGAAACCUCCUCUCAACCUGAGAGCAGUGCUCGCAUGGAAUCAUUAGAGGCAGAAAUAAAAUCCUUGAAGAAGCAACUUUCUACCCAAAAAUCCACCCACCAGUCAGAUGUGGCGCAAAUAAUAAAAUUGCGCGACCACAAUGCCGAGCUAAGCGACCUCAACAGCGAGCUACUCAGUCAGCAACAAGCAGCAGAGAAACAACGAGCCGAGAAGCGGGUAAAGCUUGAAGAACGGGCCCGCAAGAGGCGAGAAGCUUGGUUUGAAGCAGAGAAGAAGGGGCAUAAUGGCGAUAAGCUGAUGAAAGAUAUGGAGUCGGAGGAGGAUUCGGAGCUAGAGUCUAGCGAUAAUGAGAUGAGCGAUUAG